GAGGGUCGUUCGGAAAAGAAAAGGCCUUGGAGGGUGAAGAACGUCCCAGCCAGAGACUUAGCGGCAGGCAGCUGAGCCUCCAGCUUCCUCUAGGGGGCGGCGACAGCAAUACGAACUCCGGGGAUACUCCAGAUCAGAGAGGCCCCAGCAGGAAUCAUCUGGUCUGGAUCAGCAUAAAAAUGGGAAAGAAGAGAGGAAAAAGAAGAGCUGCUUCUGAAAUGCGCCCCCCUGUGGGGUGUAACAGAAAGAGCCCUGAGAGUGUCCCGAUGGAGAGAGCAGACUCCCCUGUACCCAGCUGUGUUUCCAUGAAGAGUGACUGGUCAAUGGGAGAACCAGUCAGCUUCAGAGAGGGACCUUUUCCUACAGAUCAAAGUGUCCUGAUGGAGAGAGCAGACUCCCCUGUACCCAGCUGUGUUUCCCUGAAGAGUGACGGGUCAAUGGGCCCCCCACUCAACUUCAGAGCGGGACCUUUUCCUACAGAUCAAAGAGACCAAAUUGAAGAAUGCAGUUCAGAUCUACAUGAUAAAUCGGGUUUAUCAUCCAUAUUGAAGUCACUAGAGGAAAAAGCCAUGAAGUUCCUAAAGGACGAGCUGAAGACGUUUGUGAGGCACCUAGAUCAGAAUUACCCAGAAUGCUCUGAGCCUCAGCUGGAGGAGGACAAUGACCUAGACUGUGAUGGUCAGAUGCAGAAGACCAGUGUUAGAGAGGUAGCUCUGAAGAUCACACUGUACAUCCUGAGGACCAUGAAGCAAAAUGAUCUUGCUGACAUGCUGGAGAAGAGACAGCUCAUGCUGCAGGAAUUCAAACGUAAACUUAAGAAUCAAUUUGAGUGUGUAUUUGAAGGGAAAGCUAAGGAAGGACAGCCAACACUUCUCAGUGAGAUUUACACAGAACUCUACAUAACUGAAGGUGGGACUGGAGCAGUGAAUGAUGAACAUGAAGUGAGACAGAUUGAAACAGCAUCCAAGAAAAGGCGAACAGAAGAUACUACAGUCAAGUGCAAUGAUAUAUUUAAACCCUUAUGUGGGCGUGAGACACCUAUUAGAACUGUACUCACUAAAGGCAUAGCAGGUAUCGGGAAAACAGUCUCUGUGCAGAAAUUUAUUCUCGACUGGGCAGAAGGAAAAGCAAACCAGGAUGUUCACUUCAUAUUUGCUCUUCCUUUCCGGGACCUGAAUUUGAUUAAGGGUGAAUACAGUCUGAUUGAACUGCUUCAUCACUUUGUCCCAGAACUGAAAUCAUUUCAAUCCACUGAGCUGUUUAGGUACAAAGUCUUGUUCAUCUUUGAUGGUCUGGAUGAGUGUCGCCUUCUUCUCGAUUUUCAGAACAGUGAGAGCUGGUUUGAUGUAACAAAGAAAAUGUCACUGGAUGUGCUGUUGACUAACCUCAUUAAAGGGAAUCUACUCCCAUCCGCUCUCCUCUGGAUAACCUCCCGGCCAGCAGCAGCCAAUCAGAUACCUGCUAAGUCUGUCCACCAGGUGACAGAGAUACGAGGGUUCAGUGAUGCCCAGAAGGAGGAGUAUUUCAAGAAGAGAUUUAAUGAUCAGAGCCUGGCCAGCAGGAUAAUCACACAUGUGAAAUCAUCAAGGAGCCUCUUCAUCAUGUGCCACAUUCCUGUGUUCUGCUGGAUUUCAGCCACUGUGCUUAAGAGGUUUUUUAGUGAGACUGACAGGGGAGAAAUUCCAAAGACUCUGACUGAAAUGUACACACACUUCCUGAUCUUUCAGACAAGUUUAAAAAAUGACAAGUAUAUGAAAAACCAUGAAACUAAGGUCAAGGAAUACAGCAAGCAAUUCCUUUUAAAACUUGGUAAACUGGCUUUUGACAACCUUGAGAAAGGCAAUCUCAUAUUUUAUGAGCAUGAUCUGACAGAGAAUGGCAUUGAUGUCGCUGAAGCUUCAGUUUACUCUGGAGUGUGCACAGAAGUCUUUAAAGAGGAGUGUGGGUUGUACCAGGAGAAGGUGUACUGCUUUGUGCAUCUGAGCAUCCAGGAGUAUCUCGCUGCUUUAUAUGUGUUUCUGUCAAACUCAUCAGCUGACCUGCUGAAGACUGCAGUGGAUCAGGCAUUAAAGAGCAAGAAUGGAUUCUUGGACCUCUACCUCCGCUUCCUCCUGGGCCUCUCAACAGACUCCAGUAAGACUCUGUUACAAAGGCUACUGGGGCCGACAAGAAUCAGGUCACAUACCAUUAAGGAAACAGCCCAAUACAUCAAGGAGAAAAUAAAGGAGAAUUUAUCUCCAGAAAGGACCAUCAACCUGUUCCACUGUCUGACUGAACUGGGUGACAAUUCUCUAGUAGAAGAAGUACAAAGAUACCUGAAUUCAGGAAACAUUUCAGCAGAUGACCUCUCACCUGCACAGUACUCAGCUCUGGCCUUUGUGAUGCUGAUGUCAGAUGAGGAGCUGGAUGUGUUUGACCUGAAGAAAUACAUCAGAUCAGAUGAAGAGCACUGCAGGCUGCUGCCUGUGGUCAAGAACUCCAGGACGGCUCUGCUGAACAGCUGUGAUCUCAUAGAUAAACACUGUGAAGUGCUGUCUUCAGCUCUAAGAUCAAACUCUUCCCCCCUGAGAGAGCUGGACCUGAGUGACAAUAACCUGAAGGAUUCAGGAAUGAAGCUGCUCUCUGCUGCACUGGGGGAUUUACACUGUAAACUGGAGAUAUUGAGGCUGUCAGGCUGUAGAGUCACAGAAGAAGGCUGUUCUUCCCUGGCUUCAGCUCUGAAGUUAAACCCCUCACACCUGAGAGAGCUGGAUCUGAGCUACAAUCACUCAGGAGACUCAGGAGUGAAGCUGCUCUCUGCUCUACUGGAGGAUCCCAGCUGUAAACUGGAGAAGCUGCAGAUGGGCUGGUGUGAACUCACAGAGAAAUGCUGUGAGGCACUGGCUUCAGCUCUCAGAUCAAACUCCUCACCUCUGAGAGAGCUGGAUCUGAGUGACAAUGACCUGCAGGACUCAGGAGUGAAGCUGCUCUCUGCUGGACUGGGGGAUUUGCACUGUAAACUGGAGAUACUGAGGCUGUCAGGCUGUAGAGUCACAGAAGAAGGCUGUUCUUUCCUGGCUUCAGCUCUGAGGUCAAACCCCUCACACCUGAGAGAGCUGGAUCUGAGCUACAAUCACCCAGGAGACUCAGGAGUGAAGCUGCUCUCUGCCGUACUGGAGGAUCCCAGCUCUAAACUGGAGAAGCUGAAGCUGUCAGGCUGUAGAGUCACAGAAGAAGGCUGUUCUUCCCUGGCUUCAGCUCUGAGGUCAAACCCCUCACACCUGAGAGAGCUGGACCUGAGCUACAAUCACCCAGGAGACUUAGGAGUGAAGCUGCUCUCUGCUGUACUGGAGGAUCCCAGCUGUAAACUGGAGAAGCUGCAGCUGUCAGGCUGUAGAGUCACAGAAGAAGGCUGUUCUUCCCUGGCUUCAGCUCUGAAGUUAAACCCCUCACACCUGAGAGAGCUGGAUCUGAGCUACAAUCACCCAGGAGACUCGGGAGUGAAGCUGCUCUCUGCUCUACUGGAGGAUCCCAGCUGUAAACUGGAGAAGCUGAAGGUGGGCCGGUGUGAACUCACAGAGAAAUGCUGUGUGGCACUGGCUUCAGCUCUCAGAUCAAACUCCUCACCCCUGAGAGGGCUGGACCUGAGUGACAAUGACCUGCAGGACUCAGGAGUGAUGCUGCUCUCUGCUGGACUGGGGGACUUACACUGUAAACUGGAAAUACUAAGGCUGUCAGGCUGUAGAGUCACAGAAGAAGGCUGUUCUUCCCUGGCUUCAGCUCUGAGAUCAAACCCCUCUCACCUGAGAGAGUUGGACCUGAGCUACAAUCACCCAGGAUUCUCAGGAGUGAAGCUGCUCUCUGCUGUACUGGAGGAUCCCAGCUGUAAACUGGAGAAGCUGAAGCUGUCAGGCUGUAGAGUCACAGAAGAAGGCUGUUCUUCCCUGGCUUCAGCUCUGAAGUUAAACCCCUCACACCUGAGAGAGCUGGAUCUGAGCUACAAUCACCCAGGAGAUUCAGGAGUGAAGCUGCUCUCUGCUGGACUGGGGGACUUACACUGUAAACUGGAGAUACUGAGGCUGUCAGGCUGUAGAGUCACAGAAGAAGGCUGUUCUUCCCUGGCUUCAGCUCUGAAGUCAAACCCCUCACACCUGAGAGAGCUGGAUCUGAGCUACAAUCACCCAGGAGAUUCUGGUGUGAAUCUGCUCUCUGAUGUACUGGAGGAUUCUAGCUGUAAACUGGAGAAGCUGAAGCUGAACAGCUGUAAAUUGAGUUGGGAAUCCUGUAUAGUGCUGGCCUCUGCCCUCAGCUCAGAUUCACACCUCAGAGAGCUGGACCUGAGAGACAAUGAGCUGCCAGAUUUAAUAGAGAAACAGCAUCCAGGGUUUAAACAGCAGAGGCUACAACCAGCAUUACUGGGUUUUACACGCUGCAAACUGGACACAUUGAGGCUAAACAGCUGUAAUCUCACACAGAAAUGCUAUGAGGCAUUGGUUUUAAUUCUGAGAUCAAACUCUUCACACCUGAGAGAGCUGGACCUGAGUUACAAUGACCUGCAGGAUUCAGGAGUGGAGCUGCUCUCUGCUGGACUGGGGCAUUCACACUGUAAACUGGAGACACUGAAGCUGUCAGGCUGUAGAGUCACAGAAGAAGGCUGUUCUUUCCUGGCUUCAGCUUUGAGGUCAAACCCCUCACACCUGAGAGAGCUGGACCUGAGCUACAAUCACCCAGGAGACUCAGGAGGGAAGGUGCUGUCUGCUCUACUGGAGGAUCCCAGCUGUAAACUGGAGACAGUGAAGCUGAACAGCUGUAAAUUGAGUUGGGAAUCCUGUAUAGUGCUGGCCUCUGCCCUCAGCUCAGAUUCACACCUCAGAGAGCUGGACCUGAGAGACAAUGAGCUGCCAGAUUUAAUAGAGAAACAGCAUCCAGGGUUUAAACAGCAGAGGCUACAACCAGCAUUGCUGGGUUUUACACGCUGCAAACUGGACAUACUGAGGCUGAUUAGAUGUAAUCUCACAGAGAAAUGCUGUGGGUCACUGGCUUCAGCUCUAAGAUCAAACUCCUCACACCUGACAGAGCUGGACCUGAGUGACAAUGACUUGCAGGAUUCAGGAGUGAAGCUGCUCUCAGCUGAACUGAAGAAUCAACACUGUAAACUUGAAAUACUGAGGCUGUCCAGCUGUAGUAUCAGACAAGAAGGUUGUUCUUCCCUGGCUUUAGCUCUGAGGUCAAACCCCUCACACCUGAGAGAGCUGGACCUCAGCUACAAUCACCCAGGAGACUCAGGAGUGAAGCUGCUCUCUGCUGUACUGAAGAAUCCCAGCUGUAACCUGGAGAAAGUGAAGCUGAACAGCUGUAAAUUGAGUUGGGAAUCCUGUAUAGUGCUGGCCUCUGCCCUCAGCUCAGAUUCACACCUCAGAGAGCUGGACCUGAGAGACAAUGAGCUGACAGAGAAACGGUGCCCAGGAUAUGAAAGGCAGAUGCCCCAGUCAACAUUGCUCAGUUUUACACGCUGCAAACUGGACAUACUGAGGCUUAACAGUUGUAAUCUCACGGAGAAAUGCUGUGAGGCACUGGCUUCAGCUCUCAGAUCAAACUCCUCACACCUGAUAGAGCUGGACCUGAGUGACAAUUAUCUGCAGGAUUCAGGAGUGAAGCCACUCUUUGCUGAACUGAGGAAUACACACUGUAAGCUGGAGAUACUGCGCCUGAACAGCUGUAAACUCACAGAGAAAUGCUGUGGGACACUGGCUUCAGCUCUAAGAUCAAACUCCUCACACCUGAGAGAGCUGCACAUGAGUCACAAUGACCUGCAGGAUUCAGGAGUGAAGCGGCUCUCUGCUGGACUGGGGGAUUCACACUGUAAACUGGAGAUACUGAGGAUGGAAAGUUGCAGAGUCAGAGGAGAUGGCUGUUUCUCCCUGGCUUCAGCUCUGAGAUCAAACCCUUCACACCUGAGAGAGCUGGAUCUGAGCUACAAUCACCCAGGAGAUUCUGGUGUGAAUCUGCUCUCUGAUGUACUGGAGGAUCCCAACUGCAAACUGGAGAAGCUGAUACUGUCAGGCUGUAGAGUCACAGAAGAAGCCUGUUCUUCCUUGGCUUCAGCUCUGAGA